AUUUAGGUGAAGACCCGGAUGUCUGCAAUCCGUUCACAGCAAUCAGAAAAACAGACGCAUUCAACCGUGGUGUGUAUGGUACUGUCGCAAGGUGAUGAGUUGUUGCAUAGAUGAACACACGCCGCCGCCACGGUCCUAAAAACAGCCAGGACGGGGUUUACACUGGGCCGUCUCAGACCCAGUCCCAGCUGGUCCAACAGCUGGAAACCCCCCUGGCUGUACCAGCGCCCAUCGCCCCUCCUGCAAACCCAAUCAGCAUGUCCUGCCGAGACCGUACCAGCGAGUUUCAGUCUGUGUGCAAGUCCAUACAGGGAAGACAGAAUGGAGCACAGCCCAUCAAACCCAUCAACAAUGCAGUCAGACAGCGGACUGAAUUCACUCUCAUGGCUAAGCGAAUUGGACGAGACCUCAGCAACACUUUUGCCAAAUUGGAGAAGCUCACAAUUCUUGCCAAAAGGAAGUCCCUGUUUGAUGAUAAAGCGACUGAAAUUGAUGAACUCACUUACAUUGUGAAGCAGGACAUCAACAGUCUGAAUAAGCAGAUCGCUGGGUUGCAGGAAGUUGUUCGAUCCCGGAGCGGACAGAAUGGUAGACAUCUUCAGAAACAUUCCAACACCAUCGUAGUCUCGUUGCAGUCCAAACUGGCGUCGAUGUCAAGUGACUUCAAGUCAGUCCUGGAAGUCAGAACAGAGAACCUGAAGCAGCAGAGAAGCAGACAGGACCAGUUUUCCCAAGCGCCUCCGUCCACCUCUUUCAAUGGCAACAGCUUUAGCAAUUCAGUGCUCAUGCAGGAUGAUUCAAAGAAGAGCGAUAUAUCUAUAGAUAUGGACCUCAACACCAGUCAACAGAUGCAGUUAAUAAAUCAACGGGAUUCAUACAUACAGAACCGUGCAGACACUAUGCAGGAUAUAGAGUCCACUAUUGUGGAGCUUGGUUCUAUAUUUCAGCAGCUGGCUCAUAUGGUGAAAGAGCAAGAAGAGACUGUACAGAGAAUUGACGCCAAUGUAGAGGACACUCAUCUGAACGUGGACCUAGCUCAUUCAGAGAUACUCAAAUAUUUUCAGUCUGUCUCCAACAAUCGCUGGCUCCUCAUCAAGAUUUUCCUCAUCCUCGUUAUCUUUUUCAUUGUUUUUGUGGUUUUCAUGGCCUGACAGCCGCAGGUGUGCCAUGAUCAUCUCUUGAAAAGUGCAGAUUUGAGGAAUUAUCAGUAUUUGAAGAGUAACUCUUGUCGUAGCUCUGAUCUUCUUUCAUUAUUUUUGUAGUGCAUCAUGCUGUAGUGUUUUUAGCAUAUGUUGACUGACUGCUGAGCGCUCUCCUUUAGUUUUUUUUCUGUCCCAUAAAAUUGAGUAAGAUAUGCUGCUUAGAUUUCUUAUUUCAGUAUUGUUCAAUUUACAGUAGGUUAAAGGUCAAAACAUAUAUUCCUAGCUGUAGAAGCUAUUGGAACUAAAUUCCCAAAUUUCAAUUUUCAGAGAUAACUUUCUGAGAGUAACACAUCUUUAACUUACUGCCUUAAAUCUUGCUCAUAGCUUUUAUAGUGAUUCAUUCCUUCAGCAGAGUACACUUCAAAUCAUCCUUCGGUGCUGCAAGAUAACAAUAACAAUGUCUUUCUUUAAAGCUACUAUCUUCUGUUGAAACUGAGUAUCUUGGGUAAAAGGUCCUGCUUUUAGCAGAUUAUGGAUCAUUUAGCCAAAGUGCAUAAAGGUUUGUGAUAAGCAUUAUUUUUGUACACAUCUUUGACUUUUAACCAUAAGACUUUAAAAAGCAUUUCCAGUUAUUCUCUGAUAUUUGAUUAGGGAAGAUUAUGCUGGAGUUUGAAUAUUCAUGGAUGGUUCAGAUGGUGAGGGAUAAACCACCAAGAAGGAAAAUAAGCCCAAGAUUUUAUGUUGAAGAUUUAAGAAGAUUUUAUGUCCGUCUGUGAUUUAUUACAAAAUAAUUGGAAAUCCUUUUUGUUUGACAGGGCUGAAAAAUGGAAUAUUCAUACAUUUUAAUGAGUGACACUAACAUGGCUCUCUGGAAAUACUGUUUUCAACAGCUCAGCAUAAAAUGAUAUUUUUUAAAGAACAUGUCCAUUUAUUUUUAACGUGACAUACUUGUGCUGGGGAAAUGUCCCAACCAAUAAGUCAAUUGUAUACUGUAAAGAAAUUAUUAAUAGAAAUAGAGAAAUAUAAUUUGUUUAAAUGUC